UCUACGAAUUCUUAAUCGGAGAACCCCCACAAAGAUGGUUAUUUGCAAUGACCCUAAGUAUCUGGCAUAAAGAAGUCUCACAAAUUGAAACUGAAGCCAGAAUAUAUAAGGCUUCACAAUAUUCACGGCAUUUAUUUUGGGAUUGGCUUUUAAAUGAAAAACUAAACAUUCAAGUUCAGUGUUUAGUUAUAUUCGGUGAAUUGGAAUUAGGAAAGUCGCUUAAAAUGGUUGAAGGAAUAGAAUAUCCUGAAUCACAAGAGUUGAUAAAUUUCGUUAAGACAAAAACUUGUCAAUAUACUAAACUGAAUAUUAUGCAACUUCAAAAAACAAAUGAGAAUCAUUCGUAUACUUGGCAAAAUAGUGAUGAAUUAAAUGAAUUAGUAAAAUUAUAUACCAACAUACUUACAUUACCUCUUGAUAAAAGAAGAAGAGCUCUGGCACAUAUUGAAAGAGAAAUAUCCAAAAUUUCUAUAGAAGAGUCUUCUAAAUCUCGAAAUAAAGCUAUAUCAAAAAGAAUAGAAUUAUCUCAGUCUGGUUUGGUUGAUAAGGAUAAGGAAAGUGAAAUGAUUCAAAAUGAAAUUAGAAACCUUUGGGAAGAAGUGGAUAAUAAAAGUUUAGGUUUAGAACACUUUUAUCGUGUAUUAGGACAAUUAUAUAAAAUUAGAAUUAGCGAUUUAAAUGACAUAAAUUUUUUGAAACUACCUGAACUUUAUGCAGAGUUAUUGAUUGGCGGUCACACUAUAGAAUUGUUAAAUGGUGAUGCAGGUACCAUACCAGAAGCUUGGUUUUCAGCUAUUUGUAAUCAUGUUUAUAAAAGGUUCAAUAAUCUUCGGGUUUAUGUGAUUAGCAUAAUUGGAUUACAAUCAUCUGGCAAGUCAACCCUCUUAAAUGCACUUUUUGGAUGCAGAUUUUCUGUUUCAGUAGGACGUUGUACCAAGGGUCUUUUCAUGAGAUUACUAUUCUUAGAAGAUUUAUGCAAUCAACUCGGUGUAGAUGCAUUUAUCGUGAUUGAUACCGAAGGUCUUGGCUCACUUGAAAAAACAGAAUCAGAAAAGAAUGAUAGGAUAUUAGUAACGUUUGCGAUGGGUAUAAGUAAUUUAACAAUUAUAAAUGUACUCGGAGAAUCAAUGAGAGACUUGACAGAGAUGUUACAAAUCGCAAUAGUUACAAUGGCACGUCUUGAAAAAGCUGAGAUUGCACCUGACAUUAAAAUGGUACAACAUAUUUCAGAACGUAAUAAAGCCAAAUUAUCCGAACCAGAAGAAAAUUUUCGUACAGCUCUACAGGAAGCUUUGAGAAUAACUGUGGAACAAGAUAUGGAGAUGGGAAUAUUUAAUGCAGUGUGUCUUAAAAUUCUUAAUAAAAGAAUAAAAGACGGCAAGUUCCUUAAACAAUUUCGGCCAUUUAAAAAUGGGUCUACUGUACAUGCGCCACCAUCGGAACAAUAUCAUGAAGACGUUGUUGAUUUAUAUAAUUCUAUACUUGACGAUUGCAAAAAUUUACAAAGAAAAUUUAAAUUUAAUGAAUGGUAUACAAUAAUUCAAAGUUAUUGGGGUGCAGUGUCACAAAAGAUUUUGCUGUACGUUUCAAAAAUAUCAAAGAAAUAUAUAAAUUUAUUGAGCGUGGAAAAUAUAUAG